AUGCUUAGGAAACACUUGUAAUAACAAGCCAUCUAGCCCCUAAUUAACAGUCAAACACCCCCUUCACAAUUGGUGCUUCAACUUAGAAGCAUGAAGCAGAAUCUAUUAUCUUCCCAGAGUUUAGGGGCAUUUCCUAGUCCGGGAGGUGCCAGAUAUCAAGAAAAUAAAGGAUGGAGUUCAGAGAGGAUUCCACACCCAUCAUCAAGCAGCAGCAGGAGGCAUAUAAGUGCUUUGACUCCGUUUUACAGUGGCAGGGCUUUGCCUUCUAAAUGGGAAGAUGCAGAGAGGUGGAUAUGUAGUCCAGUUUUGGGCUAUGGUGUUGCUAAAAGUUCUCAGUGCCAUCCUUUAAGGCGUGCCAAGUCAAAAAGUGGGCCUAUUAAUCUGCCUCCUGGGAUUGGUUACUAUCAUAAUUGUUCACCGUCAAUGGGGGUUCUUGAAAGUGGGAUUGGGAGAAAUUUCACGGUGAAUUCUCCGUUUUCAACUGGAGUCUUGAUGCCUAAUGGGGUUGGUGCUCAUUAUAGUGGAAGUGGAGGUGGAGGUGGGCAAGGUCAUGUGGAACGCUUGGUUAGUGCUCUUACUCGGUCUGAUUUGGCGAGCGAACCUUCAUCUUCCAGCUCUCAAGAUGAGAAACCUGAAGGCGUUGAUGAUGCAAACAACACAGUUGAUCGUAUCAUUUCAAGAAGGGAUAUGGCAACACAAAUGAGCCCUGAGGGUAGCACCCACUCUUCUUGUAGAGGAAGGUCCUCUUCUCCUCCCUCUACAGAUCCUGUACUGGAGCCACAAAGUGACCGUCCUCCUAAAUUGGAAAUCAGGGAAGUCCAGGUAGAUAAAAGAGCCACCGUGAUUAGGUGGUCCAAAAGGCCUGGUUCUCGCAGAAUUAAGAGGGGACAGCCAGAUGUCGAGGAAUUCAAUCCAAAUGCUGCUGACGCUCACUCUUCAUCUUGGGAUAUUUCAGAGGAAGUAUCAGAUUUUUCCAAGUUGCAAAGAGAGGAAGCCAAGAUCACUGCAUGGGAGAACUUGCAGAAAGCAAGAGCAGAGGCUGCAAUACGAAAACUUGAGAUGAAACUGGAAAAGAAGAGAUCAUCAUCAAUGGAUAAAAUAAUGAACAAGCUAAGAAUUGCUCAGAUGAAAGCUGAAGAAAUGAGAAGCUCGAUGUCAAUCAGGCAGGACCAACAAGUUUCCCAGAAAUCCCACAAGAUCAAGCUCUUUCAUAAGCGUGCUCGUUUGACUUCCUUGGGUAGUUGCUUUACCUGCCAUGCUUUUUAAAUUUCUAGCACUGUUUCCAGUGAUACAUCCCUUUGUACCAGGAAGCUCUUCCAGGAGUAACAGUUCAAAUUUUGUAAACCUCUGCUAUCUUCCAUUUUACAAAUGAUGUAGAAACUAGAAACUUGCAGACUUUCAAGUUCUUUUAUCUGAAAUUCCAGAAAGCGGACAGUACCAGAGACCUAA